GCAAAAACGAACAAUGAGGAAGUGAAAAGAGUAAUGUCUGCAGGUACUGACUUCGGAUUUACUAAUAAUCAUUUGUGGUAAUGUAUUUAACACAGACGGAAAAAGAAGAUACGUUCUAAUAACACAGUUGGAAUAUUAAUACCAAUAUUAAAGAAAACAUGAAUGUAACCGGCAUGAAUGACACCCAGGAUAAACCAUAUAGAAGCUAUUUGGAAAAUUCGUACAUACCUGUCACCAUAGUGGUUGUUGUAGCACUAUGUCUUUGUAUCGUUGGCCUAGUUGGAAAUGUUAUUGUGUUUUGGUACCUGUGCUUCAAGAACCAGAGAAACAAAUACGAAGUUUAUAUUAUGAAUCUGUCGGUAGCUGACGCCCUGUUUAUUAUAUUUACUACCUUGCUUUUGAUGCUCCAGAUAAACACAAUCAAGGGGACAGAUCCUGAUUUUAUAGGGAAGGAGAGUUUAUAUUUAUUCAUAGAAAUAUUUUAUGAUACAAUGCAGUAUUCCGGAAUGUAUAUCCUUACAGCUGUCAGCAUGGAACGAUGUAGCUCUGUUCUGUUCCCCUUUUGGUACCGAAGCCAUCGCCCCAGGAACUUGUCCACUAUUAUGUGCAUUGCUCUUUGGAUCCUUGGCUCUUUGGAAAGUCUCCUUAAGAACCUUGCGUGUACAGAAGAUGCCUUCUUGGAACAAACCUCACAAUGUUUAGCAGUUCAAAUAAUAGUUUUUAUUUUAGCCAUUGGCAUCUGCCUACCAAUUAUGGUAAUUUCCAGCUUCACCUUGCUCAUCAAAGUAAAGAGGUCAUUAAACCAGCGAUACACACCUAAACUGUACAUCAUCAUCCUUAUUGCAGUUCUUGUAUUCAUUUUAUCAGUUCUUCCAUUUACGUUUUUGUCGUUUUUAUUAUACUUGAAAUUAACACCAACAGAUUCGGCAACUGUUAUUAAUUUCUAUGUAUCAACUUACUGCACAGUGCUUAACUGCGCCGCCAAUCCCUACAUUUACUUUAUUGUUGGAAGGAAAUGGAAACAAAAGACUCCUCACUCGAUCCAGGAAGCCCUCCAAAGAGCCUUUAGGGAUGAGCCAAACACCCCCGGUUCGGUUUGCACCAGAACCUUCGAACGGACCGAAGGAUCGCACAAACUUUAG